UGGCUCUCUUAUUGUUUUGUGUCCCCAUUUUUCGGUGUCUUUUUCAGCUUCUUCUUCGGAGGACACAGAGACUCACAGAGAGCUCUGAGCUCGCGGCGUCGUUUUGGGCCCUUCGCUACAUUCACUUCCCCCACUGUCCUUGCUGAGCUGCUUCUUCCAAAUUGAGUUAUGGCUGUCUGUUGGAGUUUUGUUUGUUGGAGAUUUUAUGGAUACAACCAGUGGAUUACUUUUCACCAUAAUGAAUUUAUGAGCGCCGUAGCUGGUCAUUAAAUUGGUGCAAAUGUGAUAACUUAUCUACAAUCAAGGACAGUGGUUUGUCUCGGGGUUUGCUUUUUUGCUACAUAUCUGCUCCUAUUCUACAAUCAUGCCUUCGUGGUGGAGAAAGUCUUCGUCCAAAGAAGUAAAGAAGAAAGAAAGUAAAGAGGGUUUCAUUGAUACCAUAAUGACCAUACACCGGAAACUGAAGAGUUCGUCUGGAGACAAGUUUAACAGUAGUUCAGGAGGUUCUAGGAGACGAUGUAGGGACACCGUAUCCGAAAUGGGUUCUCAAUCAAGGGCAUUGUCACCACUAACCUCGACACAAGUAUCACGCUGUCAAAGUUUUGCAGAGAGGCUUCAAAGCCAACCGCUACCCCUUCCAAGAGUGCAACUUUCCAACACUGGGGGUUUCGACUUUGCUGUCACUGCAUCAUCAAAGGCUGGGUCUGAUAAAGUGCCUAAUCAAAUGCUCUAUGUUCCCCUGUCAAGCCCUGGCCAUAUCUUGAGCAGGGUACCUGCAGAUGCUUACGGUGAUAUAGCCACUGCUUCCAUAUCUAGUGAUAGUUCUAUUGAUAGUGAUGACCUGCCUGACUCACGUCUCAUUAGUCCUAUGGCCUCUGAUUGUGAAUAUGUCACCAGAACAGCUUUGAACAGUCCUUCCAGGGUUAUCCAAAAGGAUCAUUUCUCUUAUGUCAACCAGAAGAAUACAAAAGAGACUUUGAAGCCGGCUAAUCUUCUACUCAAUAGUCAGAUGAUGUCCACAUCGCCGAAACGGGGACCGUCCAGGACACAUCUGCAGAACAUACAAAUUCCGUCCAAUGGUGCUUUCUUCAGUGCUCCAGACAGCUCCAUGUCAAGUCCUUCCAGAAGUCCUAUGAGAGUGUUUGGCUCUGAUCAAGUUCUGAACUCCAGUUUCAGGGCAGGAAAGGCUUAUCCUGAUAUAGCUUCUACCCACUGCUCCAGUCCAGGGUCAGGUCAUAAUUCUGGACAUAAUUCGGUCGGAGGGGAUCUCUCAGCACAGCUUUUUUGGCAGCAGAACAGGUGUAGCCCUGAGUGUUCUCCAAUACCUAGUCCCAGAAUGACUAGUCCUGGCCCAAGCUCCAGAAUGACCAGUCCCGGCCCAAGCUCCAGAAUGACCAGUCCCGGCCCCAGCUCCAGAAUACAAAGUGGUGCGGUUACCCCUCUGCACCCACGAGCUGGAGGGUCAGCCCUGGAGUCACCUACAAGCCGACCCGAUGAUGGGAAGCAGAAAAGCCACCGGUUACCACUUCCUCCCAUUACAACAACUAGGGCAUGUCCUUUUUCUCCUGCAUAUUCACCUGCAACAACUCCCACAGUUCCUCGCAGUCCUGGCAGGGCAGAAAAUCCACCAAGUCCUGGUUCACGCUGGAAGAAGGGGCGCCUGCUUGGGAGGGGUACAUUUGGACAUGUGUAUCUUGGUUUUAACAGUGAAAGUGGUGAGAUGUGUGCAAUGAAGGAGGUAACUCUAUUUGCAGAUGAUGCGAAGUCGAAGGAAAGUGCACAGCAGCUUGGGCAAGAAAUUGCUUUGCUAAGUCGACUACGGCACCCGAAUAUAGUGCAGUAUCAUGGAUCUGAGACGGUAGAUGAUAAACUUUAUAUAUACUUGGAGUAUGUGUCUGGUGGAUCCAUAUAUAAACUGCUUCAAGAGUAUGGUCAGUUUGGAGAAAUAGCAAUUCGUAGUUAUACUCAACAAAUCCUGUCAGGGCUUUCAUACCUGCACACGAAAAACACUCUCCACAGGGAUAUCAAAGGAGCAAAUAUAUUAGUAGAUCCCAAUGGUCGGGUGAAGUUGGCAGAUUUUGGGAUGGCUAAGCAUAUCAGUGGGCACUCUUGUCCUUUAUCUUUCAAGGGUAGCCCAUAUUGGAUGGCACCAGAGGUUAUCAAGAAUUCCAGUGGUUGUAAUCUUGCGGUUGACAUAUGGAGCCUUGGUUGCACUGUUCUUGAGAUGGCCACGACAAAACCACCUUGGAGUCAAUAUGAAGGGGUCGCUGCUAUGUUUAAGAUAGGAAACAGCAAGGAACUUCCUGGAAUUCCUGAUCAUCUUUCAGAGGAGGGAAAAAACUUUGUUAGGCUAUGUUUGCAACGCAACCCACUGCAUCGUCCUACAGCUGCUCAGCUUUUGGAGCAUCCUUUUGUUAAGUGUGUUCCUCCACUGGAAAGACCCAUUAUGAGUUUGGAGCAUUCUGAAGGACCACCUGCAGUGACAAAUGCAGUGAAAUCUCAGGCCUUUGGACAUGGGAGAAAUAAUUUGCAGUCCGACUCUGAAGGGAUGACUAUUCACCAGUCCAGAGGCUCAAGAACUGGAUCAGCACCAAGAGAUGUCCACACACCAAGAUAUGUGUCUAGCCCAGUUUCACCCAUUGGUAGCCCACUUCUCCAUCCUAGAUCACCACAACAUUUCAGCGGAAGGAUGUCUCCCAUAUCUAGCCCCCGUAUUACAUCUGGUGCAUCAACACCUCUCACUGGUGGUGGUGGUGGUGGUGGUGCAAUCCCAUUUCAACAGUUGAAGCAACCAACAACCUACUUAAAUGAAGGCACACAGAUGACCCAGAGAUCCCAGAACAGUAGCUUCAUUACAAAUGGCAGCAUGCAAUAUCAUGAGCCAAAGCCUGAUCUAUUUCGAGGGAUUCCGCAGGCCUCUCAUAAUUUCCGGGAUAUAGUUUCAUCUGAUAAUAUUGCCCACAGGGACCAGUUUUGGAAGCCUGUUCCUGGGCAGCAAAGGGAAUUCUGUGAUGUGCAGUCAGUUUUGACUGACCGUGUUUCUCAGCAGCUCUUAAUGGAUCAUAUGAAGCUGAACCCUUCCAUGGACUUAAAUCCUCAGUAGCUGCACUACUUGAUCACAAGAGCGUUAUAUAUUGACCGUGAUCCUUGUCGGAGCAGUGCUAAUAUACAUAGAAUUGCUGUUGGUGCUUUCAUGAUUGGCAUUGCAGUACCGUUGAAAGCUCAGUCGAAAUUGAACAUUAUCAUCCGGUAACUUUGGAUAUUCAGAAAGCUUGAAUAACAGUAGAGUAGCAUGAUAUGAAAGGCCUUAAUGUAUUGUCCUCAGAGGGUUGAGGUGUUUCCCUUUGUAGAGAUGGAGGUGACCUUUGGAGUUCCAGCAUUUGAUUGUUCCUUGUAAAAAGAAUGUAUCGGCCGCUUUGGAGAGUGUAUAUUUUAUCGCUGGUGACAAAAAAGUCAGAAGGCGUAUCACCGUUUGAGCCUGAUCAUUUUUGUUUCUUUUUUUCUAGGAGGAAAGCGGGAGGGAACAAUUAUUGUACAGAGGGUUGGGAGGCAGAUAUGGUAGUUCAGAGUUAGCUGGAGUCUGGUAGGCUGUCUCUUGUAUCAGUUCAUGGCUGCUCAGUCUGACUCUUCAUAUGGGCGGCUUUUCUGUUGUAUCUAAAUUAUACUUGCAUCAAAUAGAAGAGGAAAAAAAAAUCCAAUUGCUCAUGUA